AUGGCCGAAGCCAACAACCCCAUCUCCCCAACCCGCUUCGCCUCCGCCCUCGAAAGCCUCCCCCUCGACGCCCUCCACGCCAAAGCAGCCGAAAUCCAAAACAGCAUCGCGCACCUCAAACACAGCAACGACCAAAUGCUGCCCUUCGCAGAAGAAGGCGAUCAGGAGUGCAAAGAAGCGAUGUUCGAGAAUUUGACGGUGAUAGGGCGGAUGAAUGAGCGGGUCAGGCUGCUCAAAGAGGAGGUUGAGAGACGAGGGUAUUUGUGGGGGGAGGAAGUGGGUGGUGAUGAGAAGGUUGUUAAUGGGCUUGCGACUGCUGGUGCUGCUGUGAAUGGUGCGCCGCCGCCUACGGUCAAUGGGGGGAGUGUGCGGCAGAGUGGGAGGUUGACGGAUGAGGAGUUGAGGCGGCGGAUGGAGGAGAGGAUGGCUGAUGUUGAUGAUGGAGAGGACGACGACGGUGUGCAUCUGUGA